UUUGUGUACAUCCGACAAUUACUACCAAACUAAGUAGCAAUUGUGGACCUCUUUUUUUUAAAAGAGAGCUACGAAAAUUCUAAAACCGCGCUCACUUUUAAAGUUUCAUACUCUAUCCUCGAGAACUGUCUCCCGUUUCGACCCCGACAGACGACUUCGGCUGCGUUAUUUGUUGGAUCUAUUUUCUUUUGGGGAUGGCUGUGCUGCGCCUUUUUCUCCUUCGCUCCGCCAUCUUGAAUUGUAAUGUUAGUUUCUAAAAAAAAAAAAAAAUUGUGUUUCCUGUGAUAUUUUUUGUUUAGGGUGUCGUGCCAAAUUUGGAUGAGUUUGAAGGAGUUUGAUUUCGUGAUUGUUUUCACAAAAUCACAUUUGUUUCAAACUCUAGACCCCAGUCUUCCCCACUCAAGAGUGUUUCUUCAUCUCGGAGACUAAAUGCAACUGGACCAGGGGGAUUGUGGGCAUGAAGUGGCUAGGCGAAUCCAAGAACAUGGUAUUAAAUGGCAGACGACACGGAAACAAGUUGACCAGCGAGCAACAUGUGAGCCAGACUCACUCACAGCGAGUGUCCCUGCGACACAGCAAAAACAGAAGUCGGAGGUGUAGCCGCAGUUUGGUGUUUACAGGGUUUAUUGCAGCCAGCCUGGAGGCAGAGAGGCGCUGUGUGCCCUCGUCAGGAAUGACUGCCAAGGAGUUGUGUGAGAAUGAUGACCUGACCACAAGCCUCAUCCUGGAUCCAUACCUGGGCUUUCAAACUCACAAAAUGAACACCAGAUUUCGACCAAUUAAGGGAAGGCAAGAAGAGCUUAAGGACAUCAUCGAGCGCUUCAAGAAACACGACAACUUGGAGAAAGCUUUCAGAGCUUUGACGACCGGAGACUGGUCUCGAAAUCAAUUUCUCCACAAGACGAAAGCUCAAGAAAAGCUCUUUAAGCAACAUGUAUUUGUGUAUCUGCGGAUGUUUGCCACAGACAGCGGGUUUGAGAUUCUCCCUUGUAAUCGCUAUUCAUCAGAGCAAAAUGGAGCUAAAAUUGUGGCAACAAAGGAAUGGAAGAGAAAUGACAAGAUCGAGUACCUGGUGGGAUGCAUUGCCGAGCUUUCAGAGAGUGAGGAAAACAUGCUGCUCCGGCACGGGGAGAAUGACUUCAGCGUCAUGUAUUCAACCCGCAAGAACUGUGCGCAGCUCUGGCUGGGACCAGCUGCGUUCAUCAAUCACGAUUGUCGACCAAACUGCAAGUUUGUAUCGACAGGACGGGACACAGCCUGUGUGAAGGUUUUGAGGGACAUUGAACCAGGAGAGGAAAUCUCUUGUUACUACGGAGACGGUUUUUUUGGGGAAAACAAUGAAUAUUGUGAAUGCUAUACAUGUGAACGACGGGGCACUGGUGCUUUCAAAUCCAAAGCUGGGCUGCCAGUGGAGGUGCCGGUGAUCAACAGCAAGUACGGGUUGCGGGAGACGGACAAGCGUCUCAACAGGCUGAAGAAGCUGGGGGAAGGAAACAGGAGCUCAGAUAGUCACUCUGUAGGCUCCCACACCGAUGUUGACUCUCAGGAAAUGCCAAAAACACAUCAAUCUGCCAGAAAAAGAACAUCAUCUUCUGGCCUGAAGUAUAAAAACAGGACUCAAUCCAGACAGACUUUGUCAAGAGCCCUUACUACCUCAUGUUCAAAACAAGGUCGUGUAAACAAUAACAGGGUACCAAAGAGACUAAAAUCCCAAUCCAAGCCUUCACUAAGUAAAGUCCAGUUGCGGAGUCGCAGGAGGGGUGCAGAGCCCAAGGCGUUGGCCAAAGGAGAGACUUGCCAGCUGGGUCUCAGGGACUCAAAGGUGUCGCUGUGUAAAGGCGUCACCGUGAAGAACGAGAAGGAUGGACAGGAGCUGGUGCAGCAGACAUUGGGCCAGCGGGGCUGCCUCACCCGUCAUGCUGCCAAGGAAAAUGGCAAUCUACAACAUGUGCAAGGUAGUGAGGGCAGUCAGUGUUCGACGUACAGAACUCGCAGGUCCACAAGGACCCUGGUAACAGCCCAGGAAGCUGCAGCUGGUGUUAAGCUAGAGCCCAGUGCUAUGGACGGCUUGAGCCCAGUCCCUGGUGGAGUGGUCAUUAAAACAGAGCCAGCUGACAUGGAGUACCACCUCCACCAUGGGGUAGGACAUGAGCAGCCAUCGUUAGACUCUGGCUAUGCCAGAACAGGCUCAUGCCCCGGGCGGAAACGGCCAACACGAACAAUUAAAUGUGAGGACUCGUACGACGAGCCGUUCAUGCCGGUGGCUGCUAGUCACAACACUAACUUCUCAGACUGUGGGAAUAUGGUGUUGAGCUUCGCCGACCGGCAUAGGGACUACAACGGGGUUUCCAACGGCAGCAAAUCUCUUCGCAGGGACAAGGGCAAGAGUAGCUGUCGGUCACAGGACAAGGUGAAAAAGAAGCGUCAGAUCACGCGAUAUGACGCCCAGCUGAUCCUGGAGAACAGCACAGGUAUCCCCAAACUGACGCUCCGCCGGCGGAGGGACAGCAGCAGUAGCAAGACCAACGACACCAAGGACCCCAUUGGCUCCUCCAACCUCUCUGCCUCUUCGGUCAACUCGGCCUCUUCCAGCAAAAUCAGCAUCAAGUUCAGCAAGGACCAUGACAAGGACAAAGGCAGCUCAUACAUAGCCAAACUAAAUAACGGAUUUUCCCCCGGGGUCCACAGCAACUCCACCAAGCUGAAGUUCCAGCUGAAGAGGGAGGACGAUGCACGGAGGAUAUCCCAGACCAAGGCGGACCAGAUGUCCUUUAACGGGGACAUGGGCCAGAGUCUGGACUCCAGGAAUGGUGGACAUCGGACCCAAAAGGUCAUGGCAGAGCCCUCGUCAUCGUCGUCCUCAUCGUCAUCUUCAGAGGAAGACACGGACGACGAGGAAGAGGAGGAUGACGAUGACUACUUCGACAAUGAGUUCGAAGACGAUUUCAUUCCACUUCCUCCAGCGAAGCGCCUCCGACUCAUUGUGGGUAAAGACUCGAUAGACAUCGAUAUCUCCUCCAGGAGGAGAGAGGAUCAGUCCCUGAGGCUCAAUGCAUAAGCUGUGGAGCUCAUCACUCCCACCUUUCCCCUGUAAAUAAAGAUGACUCGCUAAUCAACUGUUGUGUUGAUGUAAAAGAAGUACAGUAAUUUAAAGAAAAAAGAAAUUGCUGAAAAGUUAAACAUUUGAAUGAACGUUACUAAAAGGUGCUGUUGACCUAAAACAAAUGUCUGUUAUUCACCUAUGUUUAUAAUUUAGUUUCAAUUUGAGUUUAAAAAAAAAGAAACAAAUACUCAAGAGAAAAAGUUUAAUCACCAACUCCAUUUUCCUGCAUUUUGGCCCUGUCUACACGAAUAGAGAUAAUUUAGAAAACUGAUAUUUUUGCUCACGUUUUAGUCUCCUCCCCAUACAAACAGAAUUUUCAGUCACCUAAACAGAGAUUUUCAAAAACUGUGGUUACUGUGUAUCCGUGUAAAACGUAGUGUUUGAGAAAUAAAGCUUUGUGUAAUGAGCAUGCGCGUGAAACAAUGGCGGACUAACUGUCGGCUUUUGUAAAGUAACACUAGGCAGCAAACCCACCUCAUCUUGCAUCCACAUGUUUUACAUUCACAAGACAAACUCGCUGCACAUUCUCCGAAUCUUCUAACGUGGUAUUCGACGCAUCGUUGACAUGGCGCCACCUAUUGGUCCGACAAAUAUUUGGAGUUGGUUUGCGGAGGAGAUAGUUUGGGAAAAAAGGCAAGAUGGACAGCUUUUAUUUUUUAAAUGUAUUCGUAUACGUGUAGACGGAGCCAAAUAUUUGCAUUCUGCGUUAAAUGAAAAGGGCAGGAAGUGGUCCUCUUCUGAAUAAUCUGGCCUCAUCCUAAGUGAAAAAAAAGCAUUUGUUUUAAGUUCAACUCUUCCUUUAAGUGAAUGCACUUGUUAUAUUCAUAAUGGACAUGGAUAUUGUAGAAAGUGUACAGUAUGGUGACUAUCCCCCUCUGUCUCAUAGGCAGGUUUUUAUUGAGCUUUUGAUUUCUGUCUCAUAGUUUGUAAUCUUUUCUGUGGUGAACCAUGCUGUGUGUCGUGGAUUCUCCGGAGGCAUUAUAAGAACAGUCAGUCAGUUCAUUUGGAUUCAGGUGCCAUGUUCUCAUUAUCCCAGUAGUUCUCCUGGUUUAAAGAACCACUUGAAUUUCAUGAAUUAUCAACAUUAUUUACUGUGUAAGUUAAUCACGUGUCUCUCUGUAGAGUUCAAUCAUGCAAUUUUAAACCUUUAAACAAAUCUGUGCUAUCAUGUUUUUCACCAUAGAAAGAGAAGCAAACUGUUUUAUAUAUGUUAUUAACAUGCAUCAAAAUGUGCUACAGACCACUUUGCAGUAACAUUAUGCAUGUGUGUGUUUAGUUUGCCUGCAGUUGUCGCACAUUCACGACACAAACGAUACGAUGGAGUUGCACAAUGUUUUCUUUUCCAGUGAAUCGACUCCACGGCGCUGUAAAUAAAGUCAAUUAAGCUGCAGAAUUCAAAGAAAUAAAAGCACACCGUUUUUUAUAAUCAGUCGAGGAUAAAUGAAUGGGCUUUGUCUUUGGCGCUACUGUCAUAAUGGUAACAUGGCACACAUGGUCGUUCAAAGGUAAAUCAAACCAAAUCCGUACAUUAAGGCUACCUAUUUGCUUUAAUUUGUAAUUCUGAAAAGUAAUGUACAGAAAGACUGGCUCAUGUCCCUCAGAUUUAUUUUCUCUAAAUGUCCAGUCUCACCUUUUCAGAAGUCAACAAAGAUGUCCGUCUACACUAAAAUCACAUUGUCUGAAAUGUUAGUGUAAUCAUGUAUUCUUUUCUCUAUGGUGCUACUUUUGUUUCCUUGUCAUCUUUGUGUGAGUCUGUCCUGUGUGACUCUUUACUGGUAGAUGGUGGCAGCAUUAACUUCGACAGGCCCAACAAUUCUGUAGAAAUACACAUUUUUAGAGCAGUAAUAUAAGUUAUCAGUUGUCUGUAGCCUUCAUUUACUUUUUUUGCAGAAACUUUAAGAAAUUGUCUAUCCCACAGCAUUAGGUGCCUUAACAAAAAGCUUUUUCACACACUUAGACCACAUUUGUAACUAAUCAUUGAAAAGUGACAAUGCUAAAGCCAUCUGCUCCCCCCUUGAAAUUAUUGAAACACGAUAAGUCCACCGCCAGUCCUUCUGUAUAUUAUUUUAUUUUUGUUGUGUGGAAGUUAAGGAACUGUCUAAUAGAUUCAAGGGAUCAACAGAGUUUGAAUGUUAACCCACUUCUCCUUGUGUGUACUGUUCAUAUCACCAGCAGCUAAUCACCGUUCUGAUCCUGGCUCAGUUCCCCCCUUUGUCGGACGUCUCCAUCCUACACUGUAAACUGUUCCAGGUGUAACGUCUGUGUUGUCUUUGUCCAAUAGACAGCUGUCAAGAUUCCCAAUUGAUUAAAAAAGUUAAAGCAAAAAAAAUUAAAAAGGAAACACAAAUGUGAAUAGUUUGCGGACAUUUUAGCGUGUAACGUGGGUAGUGGGAAACGUAAAGAGAAUUAAAAAUGGACAGUGCGUAUAUUGUCCGAUAUGUAAAUCUUGUGAACACAUCUUGUACUUAUUUAACAGUUUUGAAUACUUUAAAACUAUAUAAAGUUUCUUUGUGAA